GGUUCAGGACCCGACGUGGUACGUUCUCGCUGUCGGGUUUUUACGGGCAUGAGUUCUCGACUCUCGCAUAUACUUGGGUACACGCGUGAACUACAAACUCCGAUAACAGUGAUUUAUGAAGGCGCUAGGACUUCAUGAAUGGAACGUCGAAGCUCGUAGUUUAGUGGUGGCAAAAGCAAGAGAACAAACGAACGUUCGUUGUCGUUUAUUUGACAGCGAAUUCGCAUUGACAACAUUUUUCAAAUUCACUCAUUUCGUCGUCAUUCAUGAUCACAGUCGACUGUUGUUACUGAGGAAAGAGACGACAGGGUUGGAGCGAUUUCGUGGGCAGCUCGAUCAAGUUCGAUCGUCGAUCGGAUGAUGCAGUAGCUCAGCGAGCCUGCAUUUGAAGGGGAGUAGAAAUUCUAUCGAGGAUCCAACGUCGAGAAUUGGAAAUGCAGAUUUUAAUGCUUGUGUACCUCUCGCGAGCCUUCCGCCCUGUAACCUGAAAAAGUUUUUCGCUCUCUCCCUCCCACUCUGCAGCCCUGCCGCGUAUACGCACAUGUUUCUACGGUCAUUCUGCCAACGACGAUCUGCAGUCGAUCAAUCCCAGUGACAUGUAUGCAGAGCCCGGGAUUAACGACUGUCGAGUGGGAUCACGAGAUUCGGCAAGUUGCCUCGAGCCCGGCGAAUCAUAAAAAUCGUACCAACGAGUAAUAAUCGUUCGCAUGUGUUACAUCGCCGACUAUUAAUCUACGUGAUAUUCCAUUGAUUAUUCAAUGGAUAAUGGCCCAUAAAUAACGGCUUUCAGAAGUCGAACGUACCGAAACGAAUAAUCAAGUGAACAUAAAAAACGUGUACACUGUGAGUGCAUUUCGUCCACCUUCUCAUGUCGAAUGCUCAAUUAUUUCAGUCCAUAGGUACCUGCGUGUGACUUUUUUUGUAAACAAAUGUAUCAGAGUUCACAAAGUGACCGAGCAUGACUCGUUAAUAACACUGUUACCAAUGAAAAUACCGGCACAGCGCGGAAACCGAGAAUAACAUACAAAGUCACGCUGCCGAAUGACGAUAUCCGAGAGGGAAAACGGGAACGUAGCGAUUUAAUUGCACCGGUGUUGGAUAAUUAAACGUUACCCGACGACUGGAUGUGCUCGCGAGUGUUCACCUGCAUCCCCUUCAUUCAUUCGCUUCGUCUUCAUUUUUCUUGCUCUCUCUCUCUCUCUCUCUCUCUCUCUCUCUCUCUCUCUCUCUCUCUUCCACUCGCACACAUAAAACCAACAAAAACAUAACCAUAUCCUAGUGAAUUGAAAUUCGGUUGACUAACACUUUUCCGAAAUAUCAUCGUGCCAACUUAGCUCUUUCGUAUACGAGAAAUCAGAGGACCGAUUCGAUUAUUCGAACUCUUCUAUUCAAAGCGUAUCAUAUACACUGCCGUACUGAACAAUAUAACUAUAUUUACAAAAAUAUUUGAAUUAUUUAUGUUUAUAAACGUGUACAAACAUAUGGGUACAGAGUUUACUGACAUUAUAAAAAAUAGUGUAACGAGCAAUCGAUUGAAAUUCGAAGGGAGUAUUUCCGGGACAAUAUUUGUUCAGACACCAGUGCAACGUUCAUAUCCGUCUCAACACGACUGAGGACUCAAAAAAUUGUUAAUGCCUAUCGCUGCCGUGCACUUUCCCGUCAAUUUCUAUCGGUAUUGAAUUCUCAUUGAAUAAAAACAAAGAAAAAAUAAAUAAAACGCAAUCAAGGCUACACUUUCCAGUGAAACAAAUGAACGCGAAAAUUACCCACAGGAAGUAAUUGGACGCAUACUGAGAGUCGAAUGAAAAUAGACAAAAUAGUCAAUCAACGGGGAUGGAAAAUAACGGUACGAUCGAGAAAAAUAAAUUCACAAAGAAUCGACGUAGGAUAGAAAGAAAGUUAAAGUUCGGCGCCGGUAUAUUACUCGAGAUACAGGCUCCAACGUAUUUGCUAAAGUCAACGAAUACUCUCGUAUUUUUGCGAGUAUAUACGUGUGAUCAAAUCGCCGUACUCAAUCAAUUGGUUCAAUCUCUGUUCCGAUAAAUUGCCAUAUAUACAGAGGCGCGACGUGAUCGUGAACGACGAGGGACCGAAAAACGACACUGGAAGAGGCGAGAAUAAAAAAAAAAAAAAAAAAAAAGAAAAAAAACGAGAGACACAAAAAAAAAAGAGGGCCGAGAAUUGGUUGAACCGGUCCAGCGCAAAAUGUCGAGAGGAUGUGGAGGAAGGGUGGGCUCCAGUGGUUUUGGAUUGACAUUUAUUAAAGCAAAUUAAAGUAUUAUUUACGAAUCGAUACGUACAGCUCGACUCGUCACUUUGGAUCUGUACACAUCGAAAUAUCGGAGUUCUCUCGGUGUCGUAAAAAUCAGCAGUGUGUAACACCAAUGAACCAACGUGCCAGAAAAAAAGAGGAAGAGCAGUGGGCAUAUAAAACGUUGACACUCACACAAAAAAUUCGAUGGUGCGAAGAGUGAUUUACUCCAAAAAAAAAAUAGGAUUAAAAAGUAUGCGGCUCCAUCUAGUGGGCUGGGGUGAAGUAGCGCGUGUGUCAUCAGCCUCCUCAUCUUUCGCGAUUCGCAGAUUUUUUCGUUAGCUCGUUACGUCGUAGAAGAGCGAAAAGUUCGUGAGAAAAUUUGCAGCUUCGUGUGCCCGUACAAUCUUUCUUUUCUCUCCUCCGGCCAGCCCGCCCUUGCCGCACCUCGCCCCUUCUCGCUGGCUCUUAGUUCUUUUAUUUUCUCAAUUAUUUUGUUUCAUCCCCUAUCGCGCUCGCGGCUGGAAAGUACCUCCAGGUUGCGGGGGAUCCAGCCUUGUUUAUUCCUUCGUUUUUCUCGUGUUUGUUUUCGCGGCGAUGCUUCGGCCGAGGACCGGUUAGACUAGAGGGAAAGCUCAGAUACGGACACCGAGAGAGGAAAAUAAAAAUAAUAAAAAAAUAGGAGAAAGAAAAAAACGGAGAAGCUCGAAUAAGAGGGCGACGUGCACACGCGAGGGUCGCACUCUCGGCAAAAGCCCCAUGUGUGCAUUCGGUGGAGGAGCUUUCGUGUUUGUAUUACACUGAACGCGGGCGCGUGUGCGUGUACGUGCGGCUGUGCCAGUGUUGGUGCGAUGCAGCAAUUAGUGAGGGUUCAUCGCGCCGGUAUGAACGACUGAGCGGGAAGAGUUGACGCUAUUAUACGUAUAUACGAAGGUGAAACGGGCUACGCGGGAGGGUCGAAAGUACGAGAAUACGAAGAACCGGAACCCCGUGGCAGGGGUUGCUGCGCUCUGUCUCCCGUCACUGUAAUACGUCCUAUUUGUGUGCAUGAGUGCAUAAGUUAGUGUACGCGCACCGGGCUCGCUUCGUUCGUUUGUUCGUUCGUUCACGCCCCGCGGGGAGUUCAUCUGUGUUGCUGAGUAAACGUGGUGAAGGGCUAAGCGGUAUAAGGGGAGGGCGGCGAGGUUUGCCGAAGGUACCGGAGCAAAAUGUGGUGGAGUGUCGCGACAAUGGUUUUGGUGUUGGGGGUUGGCGCUAUGUUCCCGGCGGUGGAGAUAUCCGAUCUGGAUAAGCCAAUACCCGUCACGAACGUUGCUGGAGUUGCCGGAAACAUAGUCAAGCUUCCCUGCGACGUUCAACCUCCUAAAAACGAUCGUGUCAUCAUGGUUUUAUGGUUCAAGAAUGACGCGAGCGAACCGAUUUACAGCUUCGAUAUUCGCGGUGGGCGACCUUUCUCCGAUGCAGUUUUGUGGUCAUCGCCCGCAGGUCUUGGUCCACGCGCACUUUUCAUCACGACUGACACAACCGCUCAUUUGAACAUUGAUCGACUUCAACUCAGGGAUCAAGGAAUCUAUCGAUGUAGAAUUGAUUUUGAGAACUCACCAACUGCCAAUCAGAAGAUAAAUCUCACCGUAAUAGUUCCACCAAACAGACCUAUCAUAUUAGACAGCAUAAGAAAAAUACCAAGCCGCGAGGCGAAAUACAACGAGGGAAACGAUGUGAACUUGAUUUGUGAAUCACAUGGUGGAAGACCGCCACCACGAUUGACAUGGUUCCUCGAGAAUACGGUGAUAGACGAGUCGUAUCACUACAACGAGGAGUCCGGCGUGACGGUUAACCACCUGUCCUAUCCCAAAGUUGGAAGACAGCAUCUGAAAGCUCGGCUUGUCUGCCAAGCUAGCAACACAAACCUCGUGCAUCCGCAGACUACGCUCCUCAUUCUCGACGUUAAUCUGAAACCACUGGUGGUCCAAAUCUUGACGAAAGAGCCAAGGGUUUCAGUGGAUAAAAAAUACGCUGUCGAGUGUCGGACUACCGGUUCACGUCCCGAAGCAGAGAUCACGUGGUGGAAGGCCAACAGACAAAUCAAAAAUUCAGUUCAAAACUAUCCACCCGAGAACAAUCAGAGCAUCAGCAUCCUGGAAUUCGUGCCGGGCAUCGACGACAAUGGCAAGUAUCUCACAUGUCGUGCUGAGAAUCCGUUGAUUCCCGACAGUGCACUCGAGGACAAAUGGCAUCUGGACGUGCACUAUCAGCCAAUAGUUAGACUCGAGAUGGGAAGUACCCUGAAUCCGGACGACAUUAAGGAAGGCGACGACGUUUACUUUGAGUGCAAGAUACUGGCCAAUCCCAAAGCGUACAAACUCGCAUGGUUCAAAGACGGGAAAGAAUUAAAGAACAAUGCGACAUCUGGUAUAGUUCUCAGCGAUCAUUCGUUGGUUCUUCAGCGUGUGAUGAAAAGCUCAGCGGGCGAAUACUCCUGUUUCGCAGCGAACAGCGAGGGAAAAACUGCCAGCAAUCCUGUGCCACUUCGGAUAAUGUUUACUCCGGUCUGCAAAGAAGGUAAAAGCGAGGUUGUGGUAGGAGCUCUAAAACAAGAAACGGUUUCCCUCAUGUGCGCGGUCGAGAGUCAUCCUCAGCCGUUGACCUUUCACUGGACGUUCAACAACUCCGGUGAAUUGAUUGAGGUGCCACAGUCUCGACACUCCCACGUACAAACACCUGGAAGUCCAACUGCUGCUGAAAGUUUGAAAGAGUACCAGCAGUUUCACGGAUCAAGGCUGAACUAUACGCCGACUACGGAAAUGGAUUACGGAACAGUGGCGUGCUGGGCGAAUAACCAGGUCGGCAAGCAACGAACACCGUGCCUUUUUCAGGUAAUAGCAGCUGGUCGACCGUACGCCUUGCACAAUUGCACAGCGACCGAGAUGUCGAGUCCGGUGGAACUGGGCGAUGAACACGUGGUUAAGUCAGCCUCGGGCUUGACCGUACGUUGUAUCGAGGGCUACGACGGAGGUCUCCCGAUACAGAGUUAUCAGCUCGAGGUCGUCGACGACGAGGAUGUAGGUUCGCUUGUGAUAAACAGAACAGAUCCCGCUGGUACGAAUGGCCCAAUUUUCGAGGUUACCAGUUUGACGACCGGAAGAAGUUACAGGCUUUUCCUGUACGCUAUCAACGCUAAAGGAAGGAGCGAUCCUACUGUCCUGGAACCGGUCACUCUCAAAGGUGCAGCAAUGUACACAACCGGAAAUAAAAAUGCAUCCGUGCUUAGUCCGUUGCUUCUUGGGCUCGCGGCGACUGCGACACUUCUGGCCCUUGCCGUUGCUGGAAUUUUGGCCGCCCUCUACCGAAAGCAUUCGGGUGGACGCAGUGGGAGUCCAAAGCACUCGCCCAUCGUCUGCGAACCACCAAAUGCAGGCUCCACUACUCCCGUGCAUCCCCCAACGAAACAGGCCGUUGACGACAUCGAUCCUGACAUUAUUCCAAACGAAUAUGAACGAAGACCCUUAACUUAUACACCGGUGUACAAAACUCCGCCUCAAAGACGACGCAAGGAUCAGUGUAUGGAGGACGCGACAGCGCUCGAGAAAAAACCGAUCGUGCAGUCGAGUCUCGAUCUUCAUCCUGAUCCACGACUCGUAGAUUGUUCGCCAUCACCGACGCUCAAUUAUUCUCAGAAUCACGCUGUUCAACAAAAUCCUUACGUUCAUCCACCGACGAUGGCGGAUUUCAAACAAAUGGCGAUGGACGCGUACAAUCAACGCAACCAUCAAAACGUUUAUUAUAGUCUUCAGAGGUCGGGAAAAGGUCUCUCAUCGAUUCCGCAGAGGCCAGUAUCCUCGUCCCUUUCGGCACACAACAAGUUUCACCAACCGGAAGUCGUUACGCGUUCGAAUCGGAUACAGGAGAGUUGUAUAUAAGAUAAGGAGGAGACAAACUUCUCCGACCAAGGUUUUUCCGAGUAUCUGAUUCGUGCCGGUGAAGGUUUUUGGUCUUUCAAAGAUUCGCUGGCACGACAAGUACCUUCAUCAAGGAGAAUCGAUUUCUUCGAAAAACGAAGCGAAUUCCUGCGUGCCAUGUAUUAUAAAUAUUGGAGGUGAAAAAAGGGG